GUCCGGCACCAAAGCGGUAAAACUUCCGGUGUGUUUCCGCGGUGCCUGAGAUUGGGGCGAGGCUGAAGGUGAACUUGGGGGCCGGAGACCUUGGCUGCGCCCUAUCUGGUUCUUUCCUACUCUCUAUAACUUCAGCUUUUCUGAAAGACAAGAGGAGUUCUCCUUUUGGUCACCCACCACUGGUCCCAUGGCUGCCAUGCAGAUGGAUCCUGAGCUUGCCAAGCGCCUCUUUUUUGAAGGGGCCACUGUGGUCAUCCUGAAUAUGCCCAAGGGGACAGAGUUUGGCAUUGACUACAACUCCUGGGAGGUGGGGCCCAAGUUCCGGGGCGUGAAGAUGAUCCCACCAGGCAUCCACUUCCUCCACUACAGUUCUGUGGACAAGGCCAAUCCCAGGGAGGUAGGCCCUCGUAUGGGCUUUUUCCUUAGCCUGCAGCAGCGGGGGCUGAUCGUCCUGCGCUGGAAUGCAGUCCAGGAAGAGGUAGACUUAUCCCCAGCCCCAGAGGAUGAGGUGGAGGCUAUGAGGGCCAACCUCCAGGAGCUGGACCAGUUCCUGGGACCUUACCCAUAUGCCACGCUCAAGAAGUGGAUCUCACUCACCAACUUCAUCACUGAGGCCUCAAUGGAGAAGCUGCAGCCUGAGAGCCGACAGAUCUGCGCCUUCUCAGAGGUGUUGCCUGUGCUCCCCAUGAAGCAUACCAAGGACCGGAUGGGGCAGAAUCUACCCCGCUGUGGCACUGAGUGCAAAAGCUACCAGGAAGGCCUGGCCCGGCUGCCUGAGAUGAAGCCCAAAGCUGGGACAGAGAUCCGCUUCUCAGAGCUGCCCACACAGAUGUUCCCGGCAGGUGCCACGCCAGCAGAGAUAACCAGGCACAGCAUGGACCUGAGCUAUGCCCUGGAGACUGUGCUCAGCAAGCAGUUCCCCAGCAGCCCCCAGGAUGUGCUCGGUGAACUUCAGUUUGCCUUUGUGUGCUUCCUGCUGGGGAAUGUGUAUGAGGCAUUUGAACACUGGAAGCGGCUCCUAAACCUCCUGUGCCGGUCAGAGGAAGCCAUGGUGAAGCACCACAGCCUCUACAUCAACCUCAUCUCCAUCCUGUACCACCAGCUUGGUGAGAUCCCUGCCGACUUCUUUGUGGACAUUGUCUCCCAGAACAACUUCCUCACCAGCACCUUACAGGUUUUCUUUUCCUCCGCCCGCAGCGUUGCCGUUAAUGCCACCCUGAGGCAGAAAGCUGAAAAGUUCCAAGCUCACUUGACCAAGAAGUUUCGGUGGGACUUCGAGGCGGAGCCGGAGGACUGCGCCCCGGUGGUGGUGGAGCUCCCUGAGGGUGUGGAGACUGGCUAACCGGGAAUGCUGUCAGCCAGGGACGAUCCCUUCCUACACAGCUGCAGUCCUGGCCUUCCCAUUCUGCCCCCUCCUACUGGGACCUGCCAGCGCAGCGGCCCCACCAGGUUCUGCAAAGAUGGAGCCAGAAUUCUCUCCUUCACCAAUAAAUAAGUUCCUUCAGUGCCAAAGAGACUGUAGUAUCUUGAAGGUACAUUCGUAGGUUCCCCAUCAGCCUGGCCUUGGUGCUAAACCAGACUGAAUUCCACAUGGGUUCUUAUAGAGGUCUUGGGAGAGACCAGCCUCAACAGCAACCUAUUUCCUUCUGAAUGAGAAGAAAUUGAGCCAAAAGCCCAAGAGAACUGAUGGCUUAUUCCACAGGAUGGUUAGAAAACAAACCCUGGACUGCUGAGGGGCCUGAGUGUCAGGUGACUUUUUAAAAGUUAAACAAUGUAGUAGAGAAAUGAGGCAGAAUUUCUGCCUGCUCCUUGUUGAAUGAGGAUACAUCACAGAAAACAUGGGCAUGUGACAGCUCAGGAGCCCCAGGUUGGGAAGGGUGUAACACAGAAGACAGUUGAGUUCAGUCUGACAAGUCAUCAGCUCUUGCUUACUCCAGCUAAGUCCCUUUCUUCUAUCCAGAGGUCCCAGUGAGUAAUCUUCCAAGGUGGUUGUGUCCCCUGACCCCAGGGCCUUGCUGGUGCCAUGCCUCUCCCAUCUAUUUCAUUCUGAAGCCUCAGACCCAGAAGUGGGACUUGGCAGUACUUCCGUAUGUCCCCAUUCCUCACCAGAGCCACCAUGUCUGUUUUUGAUGACCUGGAGAUACAAAAAACAAAGAACAGUUGUUGGUUUAGACAGGCUUCAUUGGCCCUGUUGGAAUCCUGGGCCUUUAUUCAGAGUUCUAAGGAUAACCAGUAAGCCUAGGUCUUUCCAGCCCUUCUGUGGAGCUAUCAACCACAAGAGGAGUGAUUCUUCAGUCUCCUGGGAGUCCUGAGGGCAUGCCCAUCCUGCACACAGGCCCAUCCUGCACACAGGCCCAUCCUGCACACAGGCCCAUCCUGCACACAGGCCCAUCCUGCACACAGGCCCUGCCACCCUGACUUCAAGCCGUCGUACUAUGAUCAGAGUCCCUGUGUUCUUUUCCAAGGCUGCAGCUCACGCCAGGUUUCUGAAUGAGAAUUCUUGCUGGUUAAGACUUUUGGUUCCACUUGUUUCCUUGGAGAUGUUUUUUCAAGAGCAUAAUGUACAUUAAAGUCUUUGAGUUGAGACUAAA